AAACUAUUGAAAAAAAAAAAAACUCACACAACUUGAAUAACAAAACAACGUGUUGCAAGGUAAAAUUUUUGUAAAUUAAGUACAACAUUAGUGUUACUCUUCUUUUCCGAUCGUCAAAUUCGCAAUCCGAUCGCGGCAUCCUCAAUCACAAUUUCGCGGCGGAUGUUCUACGUACAUCUGCAGGCGCUGGGGACGGCGGAGAAAGUAGAUAAAGAAGAUGAUAACGCGAUCGAAGCUGGCGGAGCAGCUCAGGGAGUAUCAGAUUAGAUCCAAAUAUGACUGGUCUUCCGUUUCUUUGUUCUCCUCCACUUCUCAUGUCGCCUCGUCUAGGGUUGAUGUUGCAAUCUUUGUCAUAUGGGAGCUUGUUAUUUUAGCGUUCUUCGUGUUCUCAACUGUCUCAUUAUACUUUCGGCAUUUUAGGCUUGCUAUUACUUUAUUAUCGAUUGCUCUACUUUUGUUUUUGGGCAUGAAAAUUACCAAACAAGUAAGGCUAGCUCGGAAGAAGCAGCGAAGGAUGCUUCUUCCAUUAUCCAUGUAGAUGUCAGUGUACUCUCAACGUCUUACAAGCAAGUCAGCCUUUCCCAUGUAUAUUGUGAGAGUUCUUGGCUGUUUACGAACGGUCAGUUUAUUUUCUCUUCUGUUAAGGUAAUGUAAUUACACUUGGCCCUAGAAGAUUCAAAACUGUUAGUUGUUUGUAAUUUAUACGACUCCAUAAAACGGUCAUAGUAGUAGUUAUUUUGUAGGAAAGGUCAAUGUUCUAAUUCGACAAACCGAUUGGUUACCUAUUUAGUAUUUAUUUAGUUGAUUUUGCAAGUCUUUAUUUUUCUCGACUUGCUGUCCAGUUCAUCAGUUGUCUACCCUCAAUGUUCUCAAACAAGCAACCUAUCUAUUUAUUACAUGAAAUUUGCACACUUCUUCCAGAAACAACUAUUUCGGGUUUAUUUUCUGUAUUUACAAACAUCUGCACUCAUUCUGGCCUAAAGAAGUGAAUAGAAAUUCCCUGUGCUGCUAUAGUCCAAAUUGCACCAAUGACCACCAGAACACUCAGAACCAUCCCAAGAGACCCAAGGGCCCAAUUCAGCCACCACAUGGAGCUAAACUUAUUGGGCUUCUUUAUCCUGGCCCACAUCAAGCAGGGAUAUGCUAGGGUGACAGGCAGGGCUACACCUCCAAUCAAUGCAGCCAGCCUUUUCAGGAAGGGGAAUGCAAUCGAGAUGAAGAACGUGAGACAGCCAAAAAAUAUUCUUAUCCCCAUUCUGAGCCACCUGGGGCAAGGCCCAUUUUUGGUGCUGGUGUAUCUGAACUCGAGGUUAUCAAAGACUGGCAUAGCGUAUAUCUGGAAUGAGGUGAGACUGUUGACCACUAUAAGUAGGCUCGUCAACCCCAGGAUUGACUUUGGUGUUUCGUUCCUGUGGUAUUUGUCUAUUGCGCUUAGCAGAUCUCCGUCUGUUGGUAUCUGAAAGAAUUCAAAUGUCAUCAAACAUUUAGCGGUAUUUGUUUAUUUGAUAAUGGAAAUACAUACUUUGUUAUGGUAUUGCAUAUGUUUAUAUUGGUUUCAAGAAUUGAGCCUGUCUUGCGUGUAGUUCUC